UCCUCCUCUUCCGCUCGGAACAACAACAACACUUACUUAGCCCUUAUACCAAGAAGUCAGUCAAGAUGGGUGGUGGAGACUUGAACAUGAAGAAGUCGUGGCACCCGCUCCUACUGAAGAAUCAGGAGCGGGUCUGGCUCGAGGAGAAGAAGGCCCUCGAGGAAAAGAAGAAGCUCGAUCAGCUCCGCAAAGAGAAGGAAGAAGAGCGGCAGCUUCAAGAGCUCCAGCGCCUACAAGAGGAGCAGACAGGAAAGAAACGAGCGGAUAAGCUGGAAUGGAUGUACGCCACUCCUGCGUCGGGGAGCAACCAGAAUCCGAACGAUCUAGAGGAUUACCUCCUUGGAAAAAAGAGGGUUGACAAAAUCUUGAUUGGCAACGAGAACGAGAAGAUUGGUGCCGCACACAAGAACUUCAUCGCUGUCCAGAACGCAAACAACGUUCGAGAUAUUGCCGCCAAGAUUCGCGAGGACCCUCUCUUCGCCAUCAAGCAGCAGGAAGCUGCGGCUCUUGAGGCUCUUAAGUCCAACCCCCUACGUCUCCGCGAGUUGCAGGAACGUAACGGCAUCAAGCCCUCCAAGAAGGAUAAGAAAGAGAAGAAGCGGGAGAAGAAGGAAAAGAAGGAGCAGCGGAGACGAGAGCGAGAGGAUCGCGGUCGUUCACUUUCACCUCGCUCGGACGACGAUCUCCCUGACCGUGACCGCGAUUAUCACCACCACCACUCCUCGCGCGGCUAUGACCGACGCUCGCGUUCUCGCUCCCCCGCCCGUGCCGGCUCUUCUCACGACAGAAGUCGAGAUCGCUCCUACCACGACAACCGUUCUUCGCGUAGAGAUCGCAGUCCUGAGCCACGGUCUUACCGCAGGGACCGAAGCCCUGAUUAUAGCGAUAGGCGGGCUCCCGGUCACUCGGACAGCAGGCAAGGUCGUCCUCCAUGGCCUCGCUCUGACGAAUCCUCCUCCCGGAGUCCACCUGAGCGCGACGCCCGCGACCGGAGCAGAGAACGCGCCAGUGGAAGUCGCAGGUAUGAUGAUGAGCCCCGCAAACGAGACCGCAGUGUCAGUCCCAUGGGUUAUGACCGCUUCAAUGGCAAGCGUGCCCGCGUCAGCCCUCCCCCUCCGCGCACCAUGCCUCCUCCCACCUCGCAAUCCAAGUCAUCCACCUCGAAUCCAUCCAACGCCUCCGAUAAUCGUGCCGCCCGCUUGGCUGCUAUGGCUUCGAACGCAUCGGGCAUGAGCAGCGAGAGGAAAGAGAGGUUGUCAGAGCUGUUGGAGAAGGAGAAGGAGGAACUGGAGAAGGAAGAGAGGCUGAGGGCGAAGUCGAAGGGGAUGGGAGAGUUCUUGAGCCACGAGCAGAAGAAGGUCUUCGGAGGCCAAGGAGGGCUGGAAGAGAGGUUGAGGAGGGGAAGGGCAGGAUUGGUUUCGGAGUCGACUUAAGGUUGGACUUCUUGCUUGGUCUGUGGUUCCUUCGUUUUAUCCAUCUUCUCUGCCUCGUAUGAUGUAUUUUAUGUGAUGACGUUGUUAUACAUGGGUCUUUUGUUAAAGAAAACUAAAUUAUAGAUGAC